AACAGGAGUCUACUGCAGCCCACUCCCACUUCCACAUUUGGGCACCACCGUACUGGACCUCCUCAAAGUCAGAAGAAGAAGUCGAAGAUGGAGAAAUUCGCCUUCUUGCUGCUUUGCCUCCUGGAUGUUGUGGUGCGCCUGAGUAGCGCGCAGCAUCGUCAUCCUGCGCGCGCACGACUCCACCCGUGGAAGCACAGGUUCCAGUGGGAGAACAACGGCCAGGUGUACAGCUUACUAACCACGGGCACUCAAUACCGAGCACCAGCGCAGUUGAGAGGCCGUACCCACCUUCUAUUGACCACCAUGAACCGAGCUCACCUCCCACCGCCAUCGAGAAGAACAUCCACAGAUCCGGGUCAUGUCAACACUGCCUCCCCGGGGCCGAAUUUGGUUCCGAGGGACCAAGCCUGGUCACCCCGCAAUGCAGCGGCCUUCACCAAUCAGGAGUUCUCCGGAGGAGGACAAAGCUCCUCUUCGGACGACACCGGCGCGCCCACGCAACCGACGCCUCGGUCCACAGUGGCCAGUGAUGAUGAAAGGGACACGACACAAACUCCGAACACGGAGCGCAGAGCUGAACCGCAACUGACUGACGCACCUGCGAUAUUGUCCAGAAAUGUGGUCGAGGUACAUUAUACGCAACAGAGGACCGAUCCGGUCCGCACCACCAAUAACACAAAUGAGCCACAACAGGAUCCACACAAUAUCCAGCACAGGAAUUCUGUUUUCUACAACGUUUACCCUCCGGACCAAAGGAACAGGGCCCCCACGAGACCGGUUUUACCAGGACCGGGCCAUGGUACCAGCUUCUUCCAUAACGGUCUCCCAGACUUGAUUCCUGACCCAUACUACAUCCAAGCUGCAUCUUACAUCCAACGAGUGCAAAUGUUUGCACUCCGCUGUGCCGCUGAGGAGAAUUGCCUGUCCAGGUCUGCGUACCAUCCGAGGGUGAGCGAGCUGGAUUACAGGGUUCUUCUGAGAUUCCCCCAGCGUGUGAAGAACCAGGGAACAGUGGACUUCCUCCCAAAGAAGCCCAGACACAAGUGGGAAUGGCACAGCUGUCAUCAGCACUACCACAGCAUGGAGGCCUUCAGCAACUAUGACCUGCUGGAUACUUCCAAUGGACGCAAAGUGGCCGAGGGCCACAAGGCCAGUUUCUGUCUGGAGGACACAUCAUGUGACCGCGGUGUACGGAGACGCUUCGCCUGUACUGCUCACACACAGGGGCUUAGUCCCGGUUGCUAUGACACCUACCACGCCAACAUCGACUGCCAAUGGAUCGACAUCACUGACGUUCCACCGGGAAACUACACACUCCAGGUGACAGUGAACCCCUAUAAACUUGUCGAGGAGUCAGAUUUCUCCAACAACGUGGCCAAGUGUGACAUCCGGUACACGGGAAGUUACGUGCAAGCAACAAACUGUAUGAUCACAAAGAGCUGACCUGAGUGACAGCACAUUGUCUUCACGCUGUUGGCAAGUCCUGCUGCUGAAGUAUUUCUUCAAGUACUUCAGUGUCGCUCCAGCUAUGCCGGUGAAAUUCUAAAUUAUUUCACUUUUUUUUCAUGCGAAUGAUCUCGAUGGGAUACCAACAGAAAUAUGCAACGGAAUAGUUGUUUGUGUUGAUGAAAUAGAUUGGAAUCGUAAAGGCUGAGAAAAUACGUUGUGAUUUAUAAAUAUAGUUGUUGUUUUUUUGCAUGUAUUAAUUAAAAUGUACCUCUUUUUUUUACCAUCACAAAUGUAUAUUUAUAAAAGUACAUUUUAAUGUAUGAACUCUUACUAUUUAAUAAAGAAUUU